AUGGAGACGCGUUCUAAACAAACUGUCGGACGAGCUGAACACGUUAGACCUCCGAGCACUGAUCAACAGUUUGUGGAGAGGGAGCUGAAGGCCGCAAUAGAAUCAGACAAGAAAUAUCAGAAAGAAAAUGAUGCUAAAUUUCGAGCCUUGCAUCAGAACGUUGCCUCCUAUGAAGAGUUCAGGGAUAUAGUGCUGGCAUCCCAUUUGAAACCUCUUGAAAGGAAGGAUAUAGCUGGUGCUCCACGCAAACAGCCGUGGAACCCCGUUUCCUCUGCAUCCAAACCAAAGGACAGCUUUUACCCCGAGGAGGUCAAGACUGAACAGUUUACGUUCCAGCCCAAAACAGCUUCUGACUUCCAUCGAGACUGGAAAAGACUGGUUUGGAGCCCUGAAAAGAAGUAUAACUUUCUGAUAUCUCUUGGUGGCAAGAACCUGCAGCAAAUAUUCAGUACUGAGAUUGCUUUGGGUCUGCUUGGCGAAUUUUUGCAGAUCAUUGCAGAGUGCUUUCGUCCUGGAGAUGAGCCAGAGGUACUAGCUGUGUUGGAGGGCUUGUCAAAAACGUACCGUUUCAGCCUCAACGUGUCCUUCCUGGACCGAGCGGAAAGAGAUGCGUGCGCCAACCUGUUCCGCGGGCUGCUCAAUGUAAGCGAAGGGCAGUGUUCGGAAGACAUUUGCACGAGAACCUGCGGGCAGGCUACAGAGCCGAGAGAAACGGAAGGUCACAAACACACUCGGAACAGGCAGGCUGGGGAAACGUGUGUUGUGAAAAAACUGAAAGCAUUAAUGCAGCUGUAUGACGCGACCCUUCCGUGUAUGCAGUGAGGAACCCAGG